AUGGUGAACGUGAUACAUACGACUUCUGCUGUAGCCAUGGCUGCCGCCAUCUUUGGGAUGGCGAAUGCCGACAACUUCAAGUGCGCGGGUAUCAACUACAAUAUCCGCGCGGGCCCCGACUGGGCUACACCCGACGUAAAGUGCAAACCUGCUUCGCAGAUCAUCACAGAGCUGGCCACGCUUAAGGGCGCAACGGACGUCAUCCGACUGUACUCGCUGACGGACUGCGACCAGGCCACCGCUUUGGUGCCGUUGGCUAUCAAUAUUGGACUCAAGCUGGAGCUGGGCAUAUGGGUCGACUCGAACACGUCCAGCUUCGAGGCAGAGAAAGAUGCGUUCAAGGCUCUACUGCAGACCGGCCAUGUGACUGCCGACAACAUCGUCGGUAUUCAUGUAGGCAGCGAGGCCGUGUACCGUGGUGACGUGACGGUCUCAUUGGCCAUUUCGAAUCUGGAACAGAUCCGUGCUCUGUGCCGCGCCAACCCGGCCACCGCCAAUAUUCCGCUCACCAUUGCCGACAUUGGUGACACGUACUCGGCGUAUCCGGAGCUGAUUGAGGCCGUGGACUACGUGUCGGCCAACUACUUCCCGUUCUGGGAGGAAGUGGAUAUCGACACCGCCGUCGACCACUUUUACAAGCGCUAUUCAGCGCUCGCGCAGAUCGCCCUCACCCGCGGCAAGGAGGUGAUCAUAGGCGAGACCGGUUGGGCGUCGAAUGGCACAUGCGCUAACUCCAGCGUCGCGACCGAGGCAAAUGCCGCUAAGUUUUUCUACGACUUCUACAAGCUUGCAGUGGAAAAGAACCUUGUGUACUACUACUUCUCAGCCUUUGACGAGCCGUGGAAGCUGCACACACUUGAGGCCAACGAAACGGUGGAGGCCUAUUUCGGCCUGUUCACGCACAAUGGAAUCUUAAAGGACACCAUUGCAACAAAGUUUGACAGCAUCUCUGCGUCCAUCGACAGCAGCAGCAGCCCAAUCACCACCACCACACUUCCGUCUGUAUCGGACAGCGCGACGUAUCAGGACGACACUGGCGCUGACAAGACCAGCGUGGACAGCACUACGCAGCAGGACUCGCAUACCAUGACUUCCACAUCGUUACCGCACAAGGAAUGCGCCAUGUAA